GUGCAAAAUAAAGUAAGCCAAGGGAACAGAGAAAAUGAAAGCAUGGCUUCUUAAGGAGAAAUCUUAAUCAGAACUUUGACCAUUUGGAAGAAGAAAAAGUCACUUGAGGAUUUAGUUCGUGUUCACAAUUUUUAUGCCUUUGUCUCUGGGUACAUGAGAGCAUGAGUGCUCCUUUUUAAAAUUUGAAGUUUCAAAAAUAUUGUUUAAAUAAAAGUGUUGAUUAUCAGCUAGAACUAUUUUGCUGUAAUGUUUAACUCAGCAGCUGAUACCUUUUGAGAUUUUCCUCCACUUUUUGUCAUGUACUUUUCAAGCUCUCUGUGAAGUUUUUGAAAUACAUGGUGUUGACUAGUAUGUGUAAGUGCUAGGUAGCUAAAAGUAGUAAGUAGGCAUUUUAUAUAUUUUGUAAAUUGUCCAUACAGUUUUGUCACGUAGCAGAAGUAGGAAAAAAGUAUACUGUAGAUGAAAAAUAAAAAUAAAGUGAUUUCCAUUGAAUGUCUGUUAAGUGUGCUUGAGAAAAUGUAACCGUUAUAUAACGUGUGCUUGGCAUCUGCCCUGGUCUGUCUCUCAUAUUCAGUCUGUGUUAUAAAUAGGUGACCCUGUUAUGGACUCUGUGCACGGCCCACUGCCUACGUAUUUCCGCUAAUAUCUCAGUUGUACGUGAGCUUCCGGUUUAGCGUUCUCCGUUAGCAACCUAGCGAUUACAAAUAAUUAUUUUAUAUUAUAUAUUUUAUUAACUGUAGUAACAUAACAUUAGUAUUUUAUAUUAAAAUAUAUCGUUUUAUUAAUGAGUUCAAGAAGCAUUAAAGGAUUAGUUCACUUUCAAAUUAAAAUUUCCUGAUAAUUUACUCUGCCCCAUGUCAUCCAAGAUGUUUACGUCUUUCUUUCAGCAGUUGAAAAGAAAUUAAGGUUUUUGAUGAAAACAUUCCAGGAUUAUUCUCCUUAUAGUGGACUUUAAUGGCUACAAAAUCAUUGAAGGUCAUAAUUACAGUUUCAGUGCAGCUUCAGAGGGCUCUACAUGAUACCAGACGAGGAAUAAGGGUCUUGUCUAGCGAAACAAACGGGUCAUUUUCUAAAACAAAAACAAAAAAAUGUAUACGUUUAAACAAAUGCUCACCUUGCACUGCUCUGCGAUGGGCGUCCAUUACUUUUGAAGCCCUUCUCCUUUUUAUAUGAAGGAGUAAUAACAGAGAUUUGCCUUGUCCAAAUACCCACACUUGCGGUCUUGGCUACUUGAGAGUGUGUGCGUGCAUGUGCUCGACAGGAAGUAAGUGCGCAAGACUGUCCAGAUCUUAUGCUGCGUUCAAGUCCUCCUGGGAAGUUCGUACUUACGAGUUGACAAGUCAUAAUUACAAUCGCGGGUGCGAUCAAGUCAGUUUAGUCGGCAGAAGAUGGCGGUGUACCUUCUUUUAAUAAAUUACAAGAAAAUACAACAGGGUUUGUUAACUCUGCUUAUAGAAAAUGAAGAGCAAAGAAUUUGCAUCAGGUGUGUUUUGCGUGUUUAAUUUUUUUUUUUUUUAAAUAAUUUAGGAAACCACUCUAAUCUGUAUCACAUAAAAACUUAUUAAUUGUUAUAUUUCAAUCCUGUCUAUCAAUUUCAACUAAAAAAAUUACAGUCAACAACAGACGUUGCAUCCAUCGAUCCAUUGAUUCUGUCAUGUUUCUCAUUGACACGCCCCCAGCUCGGAAACUCUGAGCUUAAAGAAAAUUCCAAGUUUCCCCACUCGUAAUUACGACUUUGUGGUGGCGUUCAUGUGCGUUUAACUCGUAAAUACGAUGUAUCCGACAUGACUUGAACGCACCACUAUGCUGCGUUGCAGGCAGGUUUCUGAGCCCGUAAGUCACGACUUCAAACCACGACUCACGACUUUGUAACGUUCCAGGCAAGUCACGCCAAACUGCCUUAAUAUAAGGCAUUGUGGUAGCUAGAUGUAAACAAACCAGCAUGGCGGACCAUACGGGGCUUAUGCUCAUUUAUAAUUAUUUCUAUCUCCAAAGGUGCUUACUCCUUGCUUAUUUGAGGGAAACAUUUUUUUAUUACAUUGUUUUUUAUAAGCGUGAUCGUUUGCAUGGUCAAGUUCAGUUUUACCUAACGUUACCUUAACGUUAGCUAUCCCCAACAUUUCCAUGUGACGAUAUACUUUUUACGAAAUACUUGACGUUUCAGACACAUAACAUUGUAAUACAUAAUCAUGUGUGUAUUGCUUAUUAUUAUUAUUAAUUUGAUUGAUUAUGCCGCGUUCCAGGCAACCCGUAACCUGUGUUUCUCCAACCUUCUACCUGUGAACGUGCACUGGAACAGCAGCCCAACCCGUGACUUCCCACCCGUGAACUCGUACUAGAUUGAUGUCCUCCCAGUUCCGCGCUCUGAUGUCACAUAGCCCGCAAAACAACAAUGGCAGUCCCUACGGAUGUGGUGUUUAUGCAAGUGGUACACGGUGAGAAAUAGACUUUAGGACAAUAUAACGUUGCAAUAAAAAAAAAAAAAACAAUCAGAAAUUAAAGUGUGUCCCAUCAGGUAAUGAAAAGUUGUACAUACACUUGUGGUCUUCAUCGUCACUUGUACACUUGGGCAAAAUACAGGAAAUACGUCAUAAGUAGUCAAGUGAUCAAGUGCAAAGACCGCAGGUGUGGGUAUUUGGACAAGGCAAUUGUCUUUAUAUAGGGAGAUGAGAGGGUCUCUAUUACUUACUAUUGGAGAAAGCGUAACUGUCAACUUGGAUAAUGUGUGUGCCUUAAUAUGCAAUUACAUUACAGCCUUGACGUCACUGAAUUUCAGUCAAGAGUUGUGCGACACUCAGUCGCCGUUUACGGAUACCAUAUGAAUGAGAAAUGCCCUGAGCUGUAUCCCACCUGUCCCAAAAAGUGAAUGACUUAUAAAACUGUUUUUUUUUUUUUAUUUCGGUGUAAACUCUAAAAAUAGUUCAAUCUAAAAGCAUUGCUUAGUGUAAACAUGUUGGAGAUUAGCUGAUAGGCUGCCGAUUCAUUAAAUUAUAAGAUGUUUCCUUUAAAACGGCGUUUAUUCAACGUAGUGAAGCCUCUCCUCCAUUGACAUCCAUAAAAAAAAAAAAAAAAAAAAAAAAAAUACGGCUUCUGGUCUUCUUUCCCACGUAGGCUACUGGCAAACCAUAAGAGUUAGCAUUUGCCGUUGUUGUUGUUUUUUUGGCUAAAGGUUUGGCUUUUACUGGCUUUGGUAAAAGUACAAGCAGUUUGAUAUUGCAGCUGUGUCACAGAUGUUUGCAGUAGUAUCUAGCUUCUGUAAAACAAACAAACAAACAAACAAACAAACAAAACCUCUGUGCAUGUAGAAUAACAUAUUAAGGGUCUCUGAAUACUUAAUUCUGAUUGGUCAGGGUGCGGUCAGAUAUGUCUUGGCAGGCACUUUCACGCUCCUUUUUUUUUUUAAUCACCACAACCUGGAGUAGAUUAUUAGCGCCGUCUUGCGAUUCAAAGCGAUAUUACGACUACAAAUGCUAAUAAAAAUGGCACUGGAGGACUUUCAAAACGGAAAGAAAGCGAAAAUAUAGGUUUGAAGAACAAACUUAACUUUACAUUACAUACAUUAGAAAACACUUAAAUAUUACGGGCAUGUGACCUACUCUAAUUAAAAAGCUGCUAGUCCACAGAGAGAAAAAAAUGAAAUGCAAAUUAAUAAUGAUAAUGAUUAAUAAUACAUAUAUAAAAACUCUUAUCGACUCUGUUCUCCGUGAAAAAAAGCAGACAGCCCUGUCGAGGUUUAUUUUUUUUGAUAAAGGCCAUUUAUCUUUGUAUUUGAGUAGACACAGUCAGUCUAAAUUGACACGUAAAGUUAAGAUAUGUCGGCGUCAAUAAUUUAAUAAAUGUUUUUUGUUUUAACGCGUACAAAUACUUAACAUCCCGAGGCUCGCAAUGAAACCAUCCACACUCAAAGCUUUCUGAAGUUGUCCAGCUUCCACUUCUCGUCCUAAUGCUCCUGCAGACCCCAGUCCUGUUGCUGCAUAGGUGGGGUUCUCUGUCGCAUGUAUUCACUGGGGGGAGGUGUUUGGCUCCGGAUCCCCACCGCAUUGGCCAGGAUGAUUUUUAUCUACCUAACGCCAUGUCUGGGAACACCGACAGACCAGCGCCGCUAGGGGGAGUAAGUGUGUGACUUCCGAGGUGCAGCAUCGACGCAGUGCUCCACCGCAGACUCUUCAUUCACGGUGCUGAAUUACAGUUUCUAGCAAGAUUAGGGAAACCCUGUCUCGUUUAAACACUGCAGAAAUGGCAGCUUCAACAGAGUCAUACAUGGAUAUGGACCAGAGUGCCUUUCAUUACGAUUACGAGACGCUGCGGACCACGGGUGUCAUCCUUGCUGUGGUUAUGUUUGUAAGCGGGAUUCUUAUUGCUUUGAGUAAAAAGUUGAAAUGCUCGAAAUCCAAAUCUAGUCCAGUGGAAGGCCCUCAGCCACCAAAGACAGAAGUUCCACCUCAGACAGUGUAAAGCAUAUGGUGCGACAGGGCGGCCCAUUUCAGCAACAGGAAAUGCUCAGACGCACAAAGUUACUUACAGGAAUGUGGAGGAGAGUCGAACCUGCUUGACCUCUUUUUGUAACCUCAUCCUAAAUGCUGAUCUGUUGAUGUAUUUUUAGCUCUCACGGUAGCACACGUGCUACAUUAUGUCUCUUUUGUGUUCAUAUCGUGUGAAUGACACCAUUCAUGAUGCAUCUCACCUGGCCCCAGUUAUUUUACUCAUGCAUGAAUAGUUUGCUCUUAAUGUUGUUGUUGUUGUUAUUAUUAUUAUAUGAGGCUUAGAUAUAAAAGAACAUUUAUGGAAAUAUUCACAGAAGCGAUCAGGAGUAAUGAUUGAAUUACACUGAAGAGCUCGUGUUUCAUCUAAUGGAUUUCAAUCCUUUAGACCGAUAUGAUGAAGUUAAUAUUUUCACUCCUUUACAUUUGAAUAAACAGAAUAUUGUUUGAAUAAAUAUAAAUAGCUUUCCAGCAUGGAACUACCCUGUAACUUGUGCAUGCUAAGUUUCAACAAAAUGUAAGACAAUUUUCUAGUUGUUUUAGUCUUGUAGCAUAUAUUUAUUUAUUAUUUUAGUGCAUUUGAAAUACUUUUGAAUGUGUUUCACAAUUAUGUUGUCACAUUACAGUAGAAAUGUAAGUUAUUACCAUUAACAGUUUUGACGUCAAUCAUAACAAGAUAAACUGAAAUGCAUGGCUUUUCUGUUUACAGAUUAGUCAUUUGGAUUUGUAAAGUCAGGAAUUACUCUACAGAGGACUUAGAAACUGUAGGAAAGUCUUGCCUUAAGAACUACUGGUUACUCCUUCCUUGGAGGUACACAUGAUCUUAUGUCCUUUGUAACUGCAUGAAUGUUUGACUACUGUAUUCCUGUAAACAAAAAACUUUAGAAAGUAAUACUUUAGUCCCCAACCAAGUGUCACUAAGAAGCAAAUUACUUAAUUGCAACUGAAUUUAUUUAUGCCUCAUGUAUUAAUAAAAAAGCAUCCAUAUAUUUCAGUUAA